CCCCCUGCACACGGCAGCGGUGGUGCUGCCCCCUGCCUCCACUCCACCUCGCCAGACGGGCGCCGCGGCGCACGGAGUACGCGACGUCUUCUUCGGAGGGGGUGCGCGCUUCGACCCCUGAGCGAGGGGUUGGUCUGACCCCCGACCCCUCUCCCCUGCGCGGGCGCUGUCGCCCGCCCGAACCAGACAUGAAGCAGACCGAUCCAGCCCAUGCGGCGCCGAGAUUCGCCGACUCGGAGCUGCAAACAGUUACCGUGUACGAAGGUUCUGACGUCACGCUGUCGCUACAGCUGGCGCCAACUGGUGGAGCUCCAACUGCCAUCUCUUGGAGCCGCGCGGGCCAGGAGCUGACCGGCCCGCGCUACAGGAUGGCGCAGAACGGCGGCGCGGCGCUGCUGGAGGUGCGAGGCGCCACCAGGGAGGACGCCGCGCUGUACGCCGCCGUGGCAAAGAACGACGCCGGCGAGGCGACGGGCAGCGUCCGCCUGCGCGUGGACGCGGCGCCGCGCGACCUGCCCGUCUUCCUGCGCCGCCUCUCCGACCUCGCCGCCAAGGUCGGCACCCGCACCCGCUUCCUCGUCGAGGUCCGGUGCGCGUCCGACUUCAAGGUGUCGUGGCACCACGAGGACCGGCCAGUGGUACCAGGGGAGCGGCUGCAGCUCGUGCAGGAGGGAGGCUUCCACUGCGUGGACGUGGCGCCCGUCGCCGUGGACGACGGCGGCACCUGGACCUGUCUGGCCGCCAGCGCCGCCGGCAGGACUUCCUGCUCCUGCAAGCUCAGCGUCCUGGUGCCUCGGGCCUACAAGCCGCCGCAGUUCGUGGAAGAGCUGCGCGCCGUGCUGGGCGAGCAGGGCAGCGUGUCGCUCGAGUGCAAGGUGGUGGGCGUGCCCACUCCGCUGCUGCGCUGGUUCAAGGACGGCCGCGAGCUGCGCGCCGGCGACAUGUUCGCGCUGACCGCCGACCCGGGGGACCCCACCUCGCUGGGCGCGUACAGCUGCGAGGCGACCAACUGCAUGGGCAGCGCGCGGUCCGCGUCCCGGGUGCACGUGGCGGGCAAGGGCAGCCGCCAGGGCGCGCUCCUGCCGGCCGACAGCUUGAGACCAGCCGGACCUGCUCCGGUAUACGUCCAAGAGUUGCGCAACCAGAAGGUCAAGAUUGGAGACGCGGUGACACUUGCUUGCCAAGUGGCGGUGCCGCCGUGGCCGGCCAGCAUCGCGUGGUACAACAAGGAGGGCCGCGUCGAGCCGUCGGACAGGUACCGCUGCCUGGAGGACGGGCUGGGCGGCUACGAGCUGGAGGUGUCCGCCUGCGAGGCAGCCGACGACGGCGAGUGGAAGUGCGUGGCCACCAGCGCCCUGGGCGUCAAGAGCGUCAGCCGCUGCGACCUGUCCGUCGCCUACCCGAAGACGUACCGCAAGCCGCGCUUCCUGGAGAGCCUGAAGGCCAUCCUGACCGAGGAAGGACUCGUGUCCUUCGAGUGCAAGGUGGUGGGCUUCCCCACGCCGCAGCUGCGCUGGUUCAAGGACGGCCAGGAGCUGAGGCCGGGAGACGUGUACCAGCUCACCGGCACAAACUCCCUCGGCUCGUACUCGUGCAUCGCGCGCAACUGCAUGGGCGAGGCCGCCAGCUCGGCGGACCUCACCGUCGAGGACAUCCAGUCGCAGCUGAGCGAGGAGGAGCGGCUGCAGCUGCUGUCGCCCGGCCGGCCGCCCCGCGUCGUGUCGGGGCUGCGCAGCUGCGAGGCGCGCGUCGGCGAGGACUUCCGCUUCACGGUGCAAGUGAGCGUGGUGCCCGAGCCGCAAGUGACGUGGUACCGGGACGACGAGCUGGUCUCGGACGACGAGCGAUACGUCUCGUGCAAGGAGCAGCUCGGCACCUACCACCUGCAGAUACGGCCCCUCGAGAUAGUCGACCAGGCGGAGUGGAAGUGCGUGGCUUCGAACGAGUUCGGCCACAGCGUGACGUCUUGCUACCUGAAACUGACCAUUCCAAAACAUUUCAAGAAGCCGAGGUUCCUGGAGUGCCUCAGGGCCAUACUCUCCGAAGAAGGCGCCGUCAACUUGGAGUGCAAGGUGAUCGGCGUGCCGCAGCCGUCCCUGCGCUGGUACAAGGACGGGCGGGAGCUGCAGCCGGGUGACAUCCACCGCAUCGUGUCCGGCCAGGACGGCACGUGUUGCCUCGGCACCUACACCUGCGAGGCGCACAACUGCAUGGGGACCACCUCGUCGUCCGCCUCCCUGCUGGGCUUCGAGGAGAGGAUCCUGCAGGACGGGGGCCGGGGGGCGCUCAGCCAGGCCGCCUCUUCCGGCGGCCAGCACAACGCCAUCGUGCGCAACCCGUCGCUGUCCACGAUCCACGAGGAGCGCACCUCCCAGAUGCACGACACCACCAUCACGGGCGACCGCUCGGUCACCCUGGACGAGCAGCGCGGCGAGCUGUCCUUCUCGUUCGAUGGGAAGGAGGUGUCGGUGUCGCUGUACGGCACGCCGGACCUCACCGAGGAGGAGGCGCUGCAGGUGGUCGAGAUGUACGCCGACCAGCUGUCCGAGCACGUGUCGGAGGAUAAUGUAGUGGAACUCCCACCACUAAGAUUCGUCAAGGAAACUUCAAACUCUGGGAAACUACUGAUGGAAGCAGUCGUAAUUGAUGUCAGCCCUGAGUACUUUACAUCUGCAGAAGAUGAUCUUCGCACAGAUGUAGAUCUUGAAGAAUUAUCAAAUUCGGAAGAGAAUGGGCAGUCUCUGUAUGUGAUGCCCCCAGAUAUUGAAGAUGAUGGGAUGCCACUCAACAAUACUCACUUGAAUAGUUCCGAACAUGUGCUUGCUUCAUCGAGCCCCUCUGCUAUAAAUGAAGAUCAGCCUCCACCAAUGCGACCUCCCCGAAAGAAAGAUACAUGUAAAAAUAAUGAUAGGUCUUAUCAAGAUAGUGAAACAUUCCAUAGUCUUUCUCCUGCCAAAGGAGACACUGAAAAACAGUAUGCCAAUGAUGAAACAGACAAGAGCGAAUUUUUUGAUGAGCCUUCAGUCCAAUUAUCUGUGUCACAGCUAAGAGAAGAAGCUUAUGAAAGUGCUAAGGACACUUUUGAAAAGGCUUGUGAAAUAAAUGGAUUUGAUGAUGCACUAAAACUCAAGGAGGGUGGCACAGAGAAUGAAAAACAUAUCCUAGUUGAUCAUAGAUCGAUAAAUCAACCACCAGAACCAACAAAAAAUUUAACUGGAACUGAAAUUCAAACAACCGCUGCACAGAUUCCAGAGCAGUCGAAAAAUACUUUUAAUGAAAAACUUGAUAGUGCAUCAUCACAAGAUCAAAAGACGAAAAUAAAAUCUGAUGGAAAGCCAGAGGAACAAAGUGAAACUAUUGAUAACACAAAACAACAAGUUACCUUUUCUCCUUUAGACAUCAGUGUGCAAGAAGGUGAAGUUGUACUUACAGAGAGUAUUAAAAUUGAUGCAAGUGCAGGUUCCGAUCCAUCUCAAAAAUCUCAUUCUAAUGGUUCAAAAGAAUCUUCAGUUGAAAAAGAUCAUUCUUACUCCGAGGAGGGAGAUGGACUGAAAACAGUUAUUAAAAAAUCUAAUAAAGCCACUAAAAAAGGAAAAUCACUAAUUGGCACUUUAAGUAAAGACAAUAAAAAACUGAAGUCUAAAGAUACUAAAAAAACGCCUGGCCUCCCUGUUGACACCACAGAAGAUGGGAAGAAAACUUCAGAACAAUCAGAAAAAGUAGAGGAUCCAGAAAGCAAAAUCCUAGCUUGUGAUAAAGGGAAACAAAAAAUUAAGAAACAAAGAACUCUCUCAUCAACAGAAUUUGAAUUGCCUAAACUUAGUGCCACUAAAAUUGAAGAAGGUCAACUGAAAGAUGAAGUUUGUAAAAACAGAGAUGAAUCAUGUGUUCUAGAAUCACUAACAAAAUCUUUACUUGAUAUCCAACAGGGUCUAGUAACUGUUGAGCAGGAACUCCUAACAGAUGCAAUGAAAGAACCAGCAUUAGAUAAAUCAAGCACUUGUGUUGUUGAAACAGUACCACAACCAUUGACAAACACUUUAGAAAUGUCAAAAGAACAUAUGAAUGCAGAACUUUCGCAAAAAAUGGAUACUGCCUUAAUGGAAAAUGAAUUUAAAGAAGCGGAAAAAUUAUGUGAAGUACAAACAGAUGUACAGUUAGAAAAAACAACUUCAUCUAAAUUAGAGAAUAUUUCAGAACCUGUAAGUGAAACAAAAAUAUAUAUCAUACAAUGCAAAGACCAGUUGAGUACUCUUGAACCUAAGGCAGAUCUUCCAAACGAAAGGUUGGAGUUACAGUUGUUGGAAAUUGUAAGGCUGCCAAUAAUUCAACUUCAAAAAACAGUUUCCUUGCUUAAAGAACAAUCUGUUUCCGAGUCAAAAAUUGGCAUGAAAACUAAUAGACCAGGAAAUGCUAUUUUGGCAGCGUUAGCGAAGCCGUUAGAAGAUAUAGAACGAGGGAUUUCUUUAGCUCAGCAACACUCAUUAGGGGAAGUAACAGAGAAUGUGGAAAUGCACAAUAAUGUUACAGCCACUGCAAUUUUUACAUCAGUUUUACAACCGUUUCAGGAAUUAAAGAGAUGCAUGUUUAUUGUUGAGCAGCAAGCAGCUGUAGAAGAAGAAGCAUUUCCUCCAUUGAUGACAAAAUAUCUUAUGUUGAAAAUGCUGGAAGAACCUGUGUCCCAGUUGUAUUGUAACAUUAGCAAAAUUCCCAUCCAUUCUAAUGAAUCAGCACCUGUUUUUAGGGCAGAACCAUAUCGAGAUAUUUCCCCAGUCAAAAAUUUGUUAACUUUCGCACUUCAUGAGAUAGAUAGCAUAAAAAACAUACUAGAAAAUAUUAAUUUAAUUGGUGAAAAGUGCAAGGAUUUACGAAGUGAUGAAAAUAAUGCAUUAUUUUUGAUGAACUCUCUCUUGGAACCAUUUUCUGUACUGAAAUCUGGAUUAUCGGAUGUUGAAAAUUUGUGUGGAGAUGGGUUUUACACAGCUAAAAGCCAGACUGAAGAAAACCAAGCUCUGAAGUGCUUACAUAACUCAACAGUAGUAAUGGUGAAAAAAUUGUUGGAGAUAGAAGAAACGAUUCUACAAAAACAUACUGCUGAAGGUUAUAGCAGUCCUAUCAGUAAAACUUUAACAAUGCUUCUUGAGCCUAUAGAUAAUCUGAAGGGUAGGUUAGAGUCUAUACAAAAUAUUGCUCUCGAGAAUAAUCAUGUGGAAAAUUUUGAGAAAACAUUUGAAGGAUUAGUUGUCCCUUUAAAAAAUUUUACGAAAAAGAUAGCUGAUGUAGAAAAGCAAGUUGCUAUAAAACAAGCAUCUGAUGAUGACAGCAAUAUUUCCAUAAAAAAUAUCGCACAAACUAUUGUACAUUUAGAUUAUAUCUUAUCUUCUAUGGAUGAAGAUAUAACUAAAGAGCCAAGUAUUAGAAAAUUAUCAACAUUUAUAACUGAGCCAGUAAAUAAUCUUAAAUUAGAGUGUAUUAUCAUUUUUCACGACAAUUUCCAACAAGGUAUUGAUAAUCCAAUCACACAAAUAUUACCAGGACAUUUGCAACCCCUUCUAGCUUCAUUGCAAAAUCUCAAAGUAGCUUUGAGAAAGUCGAAACAACAUUUUGGAAACGAAUUACGAGAUUUAUCUCGUACAUGUUCAUCAAACUGCAUAUCUGCUGAAAUAAUAAUAAAUGAAUUGCAAUCAUUGCAUGAAAAUCUGUCAAAAAUUGAUACCGAACAUUUGCUUUCACAUACUGAAUAUAACAGUAAAGAUACUCUGAAAACCUUUACCAUUUUAGCCUCGUCCAUAAAACAUUUUGACAUAACAUUACAACUAUUAACAAAACUUGGACCAGAAAUUAAAAAUAUUUCUAAGUUGUUCAAAAUUGGUCAUUUACUUCAUUCAUCUGAUAAAGUUUUGGGAAUACUAAAAACAAUUUCGUUACAAAACCCAAAACUUACAUUCUCAAGGUCUUUCUCAGAGCUUGAAGCCCCUAUACAAUUACUACAGUCAGAACUUUUAGAAUUUCAGAGCUAUUUAGCACGAGAAGAAGUGCCAAUAAAAAAGCAUGAACAUUAUUUGGAGAGUGUGUCAGAGUUGAUUUCGCCAAUCUCGGACUUGUUUGACUUACUGAACCUUGUAGAAAGAAUAAUACAACAACCACAAGCAGAAGACAAGAUUCUUGAAGUUACAGUGUCAAAAGUGCUUAAAGAAACAGUAAAAGUUCUUGAAAAUAAAAGAGCUUCUCUAAACCUUCAAUCUUGCUGUUUAACUGAAGAUAAAGAUGAAAACAGUUGUUACACAAUAAUGAAAGAAAACAUAAAAUCGCAUGUGGAUGGUUUGAGUAAAGUUUUAUCAGAUAUAGAGAAGAAAUAUUCCAUAAACAUGGGAGAAUUAGCAGUCACAGAAAACAAAAAUCUAUUAGUUAUUCAAGAUGCCAUUAAAUCAGUGGAAGAACUUAGAACUUACAUAGAGAAUGUCAAAAAAAUGGGAAAAACUUCUUACGGAUUUAUGAUACUAGAAGAAAUCUUCGAAACCAUAAUUGAACCAUUGUUAGAACUUCAGCAGAGCUUAAUUCAGGUGGAGCAACAAGUUCUUGGCUCUGGUAUAAAAUCAGAAUCAACAGCUGCAAAUAUUUUUCUAAUAUCAUCACUUACUCAACCAUUUCAGAAGUUAGUUGAAAAACUGGAGGAGGAUACAAAAAAGAGUGAUGAAUUACCACAGUUUACAUCACUGGAAUGUGAUGAUCUUAAGCUGGACAGUCUCGUUGAGCCUAUACAAGAAUUGAGACAAGCAAUAGCUUUUAUACAGAAAACAGUAUCUGGCACAUCUGGAAGACUAUCUCCUGAAAGUAUUGCAAUGGAGUCAUUAUUGCCUCCAUUAGAACAUUUGCAAAAUGAGUUAGAUGACAUAGAAAAAUAUUUUGUGGAUCCUGUUUUGUUUGUUAAAACGAAUCAAAAUGUUGUUAAUUCAUUCCAAAAUUCACUGCAUAAAUUAGAGACAGGAUUUCAGUUGAUAGAACAUCAAGCCUUUUUAGGUCCUGAAGAACAACCGUUAAGUGAAAGAGAAUGUAUUUCAAUAUUGGAAGACCUUACAGAACCAUUAGAAGGAUUAUAUCAGUGUUUAAUUUCCAUAGAUAAUGAACAUCAAGAUGAUAUACAACAGAAAUUGGGCAAAAGAAUGCUGAGAUCUUUAAACGGUCCAGUUUCUGAGCUAAGAAAGGGCAUUUUGAUGAUUAAGGAUCAAAUAGCAUUAGAAUAUAAUGCCGACACUUUAUCCGAGUAUGCACUCGAACUGGUUGAAAAUUUAGCUCAGCCAAUGCAAGAUCUGCGUAAGGGUUUGGCUCAAAUUCAACAAAAAAUAAUUUUCAAGGUCUUAGAGGACAAAAAGGAAAACACAUCAGUGCCAGACACUGUAUGUGAAAACGAGAAAGGAAUACAGAAUAAAAGAUCUGAUCAAACUGAUUUUUCUGGUGUAGGCACCUUAGAAAAGGCAAUGAUUUAUGUAAAAAAUCUCAAAGAUGCUCAUAAAUAUAUGGAAAAUAGACUUAUGGGUGAGUGCAAACAUCCACUUCUACACUCGAUGGGUAAAAAUCUUCUUGAUAUGGUAAGAGUUUCAACAGAAGAUAUUAACAAAGAACUGGAAAUUUUCAAACAAAAAAGUAAUUCUGACAGAAACAAUGAUACCCUUGAUAUGACAAAAUUUUCUGAACCUCUUCAGCUACUCACAGAGUGUACUGCACAGAUUCAUGAACUUGCAGAUUCCGAAACUAAUCAGGGGUUCAGAACCUUUCUUUCAGCGCUGCUUGCUGUCACUGAACAACCAUUCAACGAACUACAAAGGCUCCUUAGUUGUCAAAGUGCUAUUUCUUUGGAUUCUACUAAACAAUCUUUAGAUGAGAAAGAACUGCAUUGCAUCGCUUCAGGUGAACAGAGGGAAGAAUCCUGUGAUAAACAAUCACUUCCUUUGGUAACUCUAAAGAGCUUGAGCACCUAUGGGGUGCCAGUGGUAGAACUGAAAAAUAUUUGUGAUACGAUCAAAAAUCUUAUCUUUGAACGAGGGAAUGAAGAGGGAGUACACCCUGUUCUCCAACAUCUUGUCCACCCUAUUGACCAAUUUGAAUCAUCUCUCACACAAAUACAAAAUAAUUCUUUGUCAUUACCCGAAAAUGUAUGCACGGAAAAUCCCAAUAUUAUUGCCACUAAAACAUUGUUGGAUGCUAUUACCAGUUUCAGUAAGAGCAUAAAUUUUCUUGAAAUGGAACUAGUAGAAAAGUCUAACAAUCCCCUUCUUCCAGAUAGUGAGCGUUUACUUAUAACAAGACUUUGGAGUUUGGUGCAAGAAAUUGAAAAAUCAUUUGAUAAUGCAAACAAAAAUACAGUUCUUCAGUCAUAUGAAGAAAAUUUGACACCUCUAGCUCUUAUAAAGGAAAAUAUUUCUGAAACGAAUGAAAGUGCAAUUCCAGUUCAGUGCUCUGACUCUUUACAGUUAGCUCUAGAAAAAUCUCAGAUAUAUAUUACUGAGCAGUCUUAUAUUCCUGUACUUAAUGUUUUAGCACUUACUGUAAAAGAACUAAGACAAAAUAUCGCACUUAUUCAAGAACACUUGUGCUUUGAUGUCAAUGAGCCGCUAACUUUAACAAAUAUAAACUAUCUGAAAGCCGUUGCUAAACCUGUAGAAGAAAUCAAUAAAUGCAUAAAAUUACUGAAAGAAAAUGAAAAUAUCGGGGACGAGAAUGAUUUGCUGCAUUCACUUGAUUUUCUUGCACAAGCAAGUGUAAAAAUAGAAAACCUAGCAAAAGAAGCUGAAUAUAAUAUUUUGGUUGAUGAAAAGUGUAAUGAGCUAAAUAGUGAGUCAAUUGUUUCUUUUCAAAUGAGCCUGUCCAAACAAGUUAAAGAAAUUCAAUAUUUACUUGAUUUUAUCGAAACAUAUACACAUGGAUGUGAAAAGAAUGAUGAUACACCUGAAGAUUUUUAUCUUUAUUCUCCACAGGAAAAUGAAAGCAAAGCAUGUGUCACCAGCACAAAAAUGUGUUUACAUGAUUCAACCACAGAGUCAGGAAUGAAUGAAAGUAAAGUGAUGAAAAUUUCAGUAGUUGUUCAAUCCAUUAUAGGGCUUAAAAAUACUAUGUCUGUUGUUGAGGGGUAUUUAGUAGAGCAUUCUGCAGAAAUUCCACAAGAAAACAAAUUAACAUUCACCCUAAAAAAUGUUAAUGCAUCCAGUACUAAGCUUCAGAAUUAUUUGUCUGAUGUGCAAAAAUGUCUGGUGGCUGGAAAUACAAUUGCAAAUGAAAAUAUUACUGCUUUAAAAGAUUCUAUAGAGGAAACAAAUAAAGACAUUGCUUUAGCGAAAGAACAGAUGAUUCUUGUUGAAUGUGUCCCCUCUGCUGUAGAAGAUAAAAUGUUCAAAAUGUUCUUUAAAAAACUAGAUAACAUUCAGAACUCGUUAACAUCGCUUAAAGAAGAACUGUCACUUGAUGAUGCAGAAAAAUAUGUUUUGUAUGAGCAACCCACAGCUGAAAUAAAACUACAGGAUCACUUUACAAAUGCCCCAGUAACCUCUCCUCUGAUGGAAGAAGUAGGUUAUCUAAGUGAGUCUACUGACUACUCAACCCAGCCAGAAGUUGUUACUUUACAUAAUGAAAUCACUAUACCUUUGCGAAAAAUAGCAAAGUCCCUUGAGGAAAUACAAGAAAACAUAACAAUCGAUGAAGAAAAUUCAACAUCAGAUUUAAGAGUGGCUAAAAUCAAGGCAGCAUUAACAUUUCACAUUGAAGAACUCAAUAAAAUUAUUGCGACAGCAGAAAUAGUUGAAGAGAAGUACCCAGAAAAUGCGAGGAAGAUAUUGUCUGUAGAACUGGCAAAACCAGUGCAUGAUUUAAAACAGGCUCUUUCUCAGAUGGAAAAUAUUUCUCUUGAGACACUUGAAAAUGUGAGUGGUAACUUAGUGGACUCGAGACAAUUUGUUAGUUUAGAAACUCCAAUAGAGCGAAUUCGUGAAUGUGCUGCACUUUUGGAAGAACAGGCAAUUGUUCUUCUUUGUGAUGGAAAGUUGCAACCAAUGGAAAUGAAGCCACCUUUUAAAAAUUGUAUUGCACACGUUGUUGAAUGUCUCCAUAAAGCUGAAAUACAGAUUAUUGAAAAUUCCAAAAUACUUCCUCACGAAGAAAUCACGUUACUGUCUGCACCUAUACAUGAUUUAGCAACAGGUUUACAGGAACUAAAUAAGUUUACUUUGCAAACAGAUGUAGUGAUUCAUCCUGAAACUAAACAUGCACUCCUGCAAGAUAUAUCUUUAUCUGUACAGAAGUCACUGAAGGGAAUUGCUCUAGUAAAAAAUACUUUACCAGCUGGUCCAACAGCAGUUGAAGGAAAAGGUCAGUUCACAAUUUUGGCAGCACAGAAAUUAGAACAGCAAUUGCACGAAAUAGAGAGAGAAAUUGAAUGUUUAGCAACAGAACAAAUUACUGAAACACAUAUAUAUUCUGAUUCAGAUAUUAGAGCUAUGGAUACUUGUAGUAUUCAAACUGAAAAUGCUAUUGAAAGUUCACAUGAUAAACAGAGGCAAGAGACAGAGAAAUACACUAUCGAGGAAGAAGUUUUGCUGAAGUCUUCCGAUUUAGAAUCGGAUAAUAAACAUAGCUUAGAAAGUUCUCAACUAGGAAAAAAUGUUCAGCUUGAAGCCGAAGACAAGAUACUGGAUGUAAAUGUUGAAAAACCAGAUGAUCAGAAAGUUAGAGAAAUUUUAAACCAAUCAGAAGUUGAUGACAGUACAAGUGUAAAUUAUCUUGGAAACAAAAAUGAAAUUGAUACUUGUAUGGACAAAGAAAUUCCAGAACAAGAAACAGCUGAAAACCAACACAUUGAAAGACGGGACGAAAACACUGUUAAUGACAAAGUCCAUCUUCUAAUGGGAAAUUUAGAAAAUGGGGAAAAAGAACUGAUGGAAGAUGAAGCACAGGUCAGGAAUGAACAAAUUAAUCAAAAAGCAAACUUUAGUUCAAAUAGUGAUAUAAAUAAUAAAAAUGAUAUCAAACUCACAGAAAGUGGCCAAUCAAAAGGGACUGAAAUUAUAAACAUAAAUUUUAAUUCGAGUAAGGAGGAUGAACAAAAAUCAAAUGGAGAGCAGCUACUAAUAAGUAGCAAAGAAGUUAAGGAUGAAACUACUGGCUUAGAAGUUUUUGCUAUAAUGAUGACUGAAAAAUCGGAAAAUUCACACUUAAAAGAGUUAGAAGGAUUUUCAAUCAAUGAAAUAAGUGAGGUAAAAUACGAACAAGGAAGGGUUAUCGAUGAUACUGUUGCUCACUGUUCAGCAAUGGAAGACUUUAAAUCUGUGACAAAAACUGUACAACAAGCCUUGCAAAACAUUCAACCAGCGAAAAAUGCUGAUAAUACAAGUAAAACAUCAGAAAUGUCUGAUAUUGAUGAAGAUAAGUUUGAGGAUUGUAAAAAUAUUGAUGACCAAAAUGAGAAUGCUGAAAAAAAUACUGCAAUUGCAGAUGCUUCAAUGAGUACAGUACUAACUGAUGAGGUUAUCAAGAAUACAGAGCAAAUUCAUGAUAUGGAAAGCAACCAGACCAAACCCCCAAUGGAAAACAUAAUUAAAACACAGAAGGAAAAUGAUCCUUUAGUAAGUGUCAAUGACCAAGAAAACACACACAACAGCGAAAUGUUAUUGCAACAAGACUGCCAAAAUACUGAGGUGAUUGAAAGUGAAAAACGUGAUCACCAUUCAGAAAGCAUGAGACUAGAAAAAGAUGCUGCGGAGGAGCUGGUAAUUAUAUCAGAGAUCUCUGAAAUUGUUCCUGAUGAUGAAGUAGACCAUGGAGAAACCAAAGAUAAGAAAAGUGUUCUAGAGGAGGCAACGGCAGUUGAAAUCAUUGCAAUUUCUGAAAAACAAAGAAAGGACAAUGAAAUUUUUGAGCCAGUAUCGUUGGUUGAAGUUAAUGUUAUUAAAGAUAAAAAGGAGCAAACAAUUAAUGUUACUGAUGAAAAAGAAGUAGAAAAUCCUCUUGUGAAUAUAAUGUUAAAAAAGGAUUCAGAAAAUAUUAAUUUGUUACAGCAAUGUGAAGUUGAUAAAAAUAGUGAAAGUGACAUAUCUCAGGAUUCUAUUAAAUUAAACUCAAUGCAAUCAAGUAAUUCUCCGGACAUUAUGGAGUUAAAACAAAAUGAAAACUUAGGUGGAAUCUGUGAAAAAAUAUGUGUGUCAGCUGGUGAUAAAACAAUAUUAUCAAUACCUGAAAUCGAAAGUGAAACAGACAGCAAAAUAAAAUUCAAUGAAUCAGAAAUAUCCACGGAAGAGAGAACAGACAAACUGUUAAAUACGCAAAAGGUGGACAGCUCCGUUGUACAAGAAAUCACUGCAGAGAAACAAGAUGAUCUGUCAUUUGAAAAACAAGAACUCUACACAAAGGAAAGUAAAAGUGAGGAGCUGGAGAACAUUACUCAUGUUGCAUCAUUAGAAGCAGGAGUUACUGGAACAAAGGAAAGUCUGGAAAUUACUUCAAACUUACAAGAUAAUAAAGGAGGCAAUGUUACUGUAGUAGCGUCAAAAGAACCAAAAGUUUCCCAUUUAUCAACCCAAGAAGAUAAUGAAGAUAACCAGAACAAAGAAAUAGAAUCUAAUGGUUCGAAAAUAGUCAUGAAUAAAGGAUCAACUUGUGUUGUUUCAGGCCAAGAAGUUAUCACGCAAAUAUGUGAGUUAGAGAAUACAAAUGAAACUUUAGGAACGUUAAAAGAGUCCGAAUGUAUGGUAAGCACUGCAGAUAUCUUUGAGCCAAACAGUAAAAUUUUCAUUCCCAACAAAAAUGAAAAUAUAUAUGUAAAAGAAAGUGUUAAUUUAAAUGACAUUAAUGAUAAGAAUAGUAGUGAGUUGAAUGAAAUGGAAAAAGGUGAUAUCAGGAAAGAAGAAAAUGAAAGUUUUGUCAACAUUUGUGCAGACUCGAAAGAAAAUAACAUUAUAGAAGUGUCUGUAGAUAGUACAAAUGAUAAAGAAAUGAAAAAUAGUACAUUUGAUAAAAAUGACGAAAAUAAUAAGUCACAUGAAGAAAAAAUUCCCAUAAAAAAUAAAGUUAUUCAUGAACCCAGUCCUCGAAAUGGAAUUCCAGAUAACACAAACAGAAAAAAUGACGAUGAAUGCAAUACAAUCGAUAAUGAAAAUAAAUUUAUGGAAGAGAAAAGUAUGGUUCCAAAUAUUAAUGAAAAAGAAAAUAAAUGUAAUGCAACUAAAAUAAAGGAAAACAACAAAGAAUUAAUGUGUCCUAAACUUAAAGAUAUUCAGAUAGAUACGGAGUGUCUAGAGAACCAAAUAAAUAUUCCUAAAAAACAUGAAGAUAAUGACUUAAAACUACUAAAUACAAAGAAAGAAAAUCAAAUUAAUAUUGACAGCAAUAACGAGACUCAUAAACUAUUAAGUUCACUAGGUACCACACAGAAAGAAACAAAGGACAAAGAAGAAGCAGAAAAACAUUUGCCAUGUAUUCAAAGAAAAGAAAUUAGGAAUCUCGAAACGAAUGAAAAAGAAUUAACCUUGAGUUUUAAUGAAGAACAAAACAAUUCAUUGGUUUCUAAAAUUGAAAAAGGAAAGGAAGAAAUAGGGGAAACAAAUUCUGGUGACAAGCAGGAACUAUCUUCUGCAAAAGUAGAUAGUGCUAAUGAAGACAAUAAUAUUAUAAAUAAUAUAAACAAUGAAUUAGGUAACACAAAUUUAAAAAUGGAAAAGGACUCACAAGAAACAGAAGAAUUGAUUAUAAAUAUUCAAGAAACUUACCCAACAUCUAAAGAAACAACAGAUGUGCUAACAGAAUUAAAAACAGGAAAUGCUGAGGGAGACAUAAAAAUAGGAUAUUCUUUAUCCGAAACUACCGAACAAAACACUUCCCAAGAAAGUGGACUGGAAAGCACACAAAGUAAAACAAAGCUGGAAAAGCAACUCAAGAAACAGGAUGAAACCUCUGAUAAGAAUGCAUUGCAGAAUGGUAAAGAGAGUGAUGAGAACAAUUUUAUUGGAAUAAAAAACAAGAAAUCAUCUUAUCUCACUGAAAACAAUGAGAUAAAUGAUGAAAAGCCUGUAACAUAUGACAAGGAAGUUCAAAAGAAAGAGAAUUCAAAAAAUCUGUUGAAAAAGGAGCAAACUGUACCGGAAACAGAUUUGAAUAAUGUGGGUAUGGAUGUUUAUAGUCAAAGUGAAGUACCUAAUGCAGAAAAAACCCUUUCAGAACCUACAAAUGGGGUAAAAGAUAGAAAAAGUAAUGUUGAUUUUAAUUCAGGAAUAAAAUCAUUAACUGUAAUGAAAGGAGAUGAAACAGAUCUACAAGGUAAUGAAGUUGAUGAAACAGUUAAGCAAAGCAAACAAGGGAAAGAGAAUAUACCGAUAAAUUCUGAAGUAGUUGAACAAUCAUUUAAGUGCAUAAAUGAUGAAAAACUUGAAAGUAAUACUGGUACCAAAGAAUCUGUAUUAUCAAAAGAAACCAGUUGCUUGGAGACUCAUGGAAAAGAUAGCAAUUCAGAAAUCGGCUCCAUUACUGAUAAUAUUAGCAAAAGUAAUUUUGUAAAUAACAGUGAAAAUGUCAAUGUAAAUAAUUUUGACAAUAAACCUCCAAACGAAAGUUACGAAAAUGAAAAGGCUAUAGAAGGUAAAAACCUUUUCCCUAAUACUACUGGAAAAAGAAAUGAUACAAUUGUUGCAAUAAAACACACUGAGACUGGCAUGCAAAAAAAUACGGGACAGGAUUCUGUGGAUAAUAAAGAUGAUGGUUUUAAUAACAAACCAAACAACAGAGCAAUAGAGAAUGUAGAAUACCAGAAGGAUAAUGUGAAUAUCAUUAGUGAUGAAUUUAGUUAUGAUUCGACUGAACAAGAAUGUGCUAGAAAACAAGAAAGCGAGGAUAGCAAUAUCAGUAAAAAAGAUAAUGGUUUGAAUUCGAAAGAAGAAAUGAUAAAAAGUUUAAAUACAAGUGAAGAGCCAGUGAAAAAGGAGAAUAUUGUAAAUGCGGCAGAAGUUGUGUGUCAAGAAGAAAAACAUUUAACAACUAAAGACCAGACAUUACAUGAAAAAUAUAGAGAAGAUGAAGAAAAAUCUAAAGAACAUACAAACAAUAUCACAUUUAAGGAUAGUACAGAAAGUGAAAAAAGUAUAAUCAAUGAAAAUAAAGAUUGUACAAAAAAAGAAAUAAAGAAUGCAACAUGUGAUGAUCAAGUAAAUAAGACUGUCAAAGAAAAGAAAAAAUUGGAAACAUCUCUCAAGACUGCAGAACUUUCGAAAAGUAUUGAAAUGGAAGAUAUCGAUAAAGUAGAUUUGGGCAAAGAAAGAUGCGAUCCUAAAACGGAACACGCAACAUCUCCAAAGAUAGGUGAAAUACCUGCUUCGCGAAAACAAAAUGAGAAUAAAGAGGAAGAUAGUUUGUGCAAAAUAAUGGACUCAGGAGAAAUGCAACCAACACUACAGAGAGAGGAUGAAAUAAUUGAGUCUCAUAAACAAAACAAUGAAAAAGUAAAUGAUAAAGAUGGUCCAAUAACACCACAGAGAAAUGAGGAAAUAACUGAUUCUCACAAACGCAACAAAGAAAAAGGGGACGAAAAUCUGUGCAAUAAAGAUAAUUCCAAAGAGGAGCAAACAACCCCACCAAUAAAGGACGAAACAAAUUCUCAACAGCAAAGUAAAGAAAAUGUAAAUGAUAGCUUGAGCAUAAAUUGCGAUACAAAAGAGGUGCAAUCAACACUACCAAUAAUUGAGGAAAAAAUUGAUUCUCUUGAGAAAAACAAAGAAAAUGAAGAUGGCAGUCUGUACAAAAAAGACGAUAUUAAAGAUGGACACAAAACAACACCAAGAAAGAAGAAAAUAAAAGAUUCUCACAAGAAAAACAAAGAAAAAGAGAAUAAUAUUCUGAGAACAACAGAGAAUUCUAAAGAGGGACAUCCUACACCUGAUUCUCUCAGGCAAAAUAAAGAAAAAGCUGAUGACAGUAUGAGCAAAAAGGACAGUUCAAAUCAGGGGCAACAAAAACCACUCGGAAAGGAGGAAGUAUCUGAGUCUCAUAAACACAACAACGAAAAAGAAGGUGACAUUAUGUGCAAAAAAGACGAUUCCAAGGAGGAGCAAACAACUGUGCAAAGAAAAGAGGAAACAACAGUUUCUCAACAGCAAAAUAAAGAAAAAGCAGAUGAUAGUCUGAGCAUAAAAGAUGGUUCAAAAGAGGAGCAACCUAAACCACAAAGAAAGGAGGAAGUAUCUGAGUCUCAUAAGCACAACAAAGAAAAAGAAGAUAACAGUACAUGCAAAAAAGACGAUUCCAAGGAGGAGCAAACAACUGUGCAAAGAAAAGAGGAAACAACAGAUUCUCAACAGCAAAAUAAAGAAAAAGCAGAUGAUAGUCUGCGCAUAAAAGAUGGUUCAAAAGAGGAGCAACCUAAACCACAAAGAAAGGAGGAAGUAUCUGAGUCUCAUAAACACAACAAAGAAAAAGAAGAUAACAGUACAUGCAAAAAAGACGAUUCCAAGGAGGAGCAAACAAUUGUGCAAAGAAAAGAGGAAACAACAGUUUCUCAACAGCAAAAUAAAGAAAAAUCAGAUGAUAGUCUGAGCAUAAAAGAUGGUUCAAAAGAGGAGCAACCUAAACCACAGAGAAAGGAGGAAAUAUCUGAGUCUCAUAAACACAACAAAGAAAAAGAAGGUGACAGUAUGUGCAAAAAAGAUGAUUCCAAGGAGGAGCAAACAACUGUGCAAAGAAAAGAGGAAACAACAGAUUCUCAACUGCAAAAUAAAGAAAAAGCAGAUGAUAGUCUGAGCAUAAAAGAUGGUUCAAAAGAGGAGCAACCUAAACCACAGAGAAAGGAGGAAAUAUCUGAGUCUCAUAAACACAACAAAGAAAAAGAAGGUGACAGUAUGUGCAAAAAAGAUGAUUCCAAGGAGGAGCAAACAACUGUGCAAAGAAAAGAGGAAUCAAUAGAUUCUCAACAGCAAAAUGAAGAAAAAUUGGAUGACAGUCUGAACAAAACAAACAGUUCUAAAGAGAGGCAACAAACAUCACUGUUAAAGGAGGAAAUUAUUGAUCCUCUUGAGAAAAACAAAGAAAAUUGUGAAGCUAGUUCGUGCAAAAAAGAAGAAUCAAAAGAUGCGCAAAAAACACCACCAAGAAAGAAGAAAACACAUGUUUCUCACAAGAAAAAUAAAGAUGAAGUAGAUGAGAGUCUGAGUAAAAACGACGAUUCUAAACAGGGGAAACCUACACUACUGAAAAAGGAGGAAACGGUUGCUUCUCAUGAGCGAAACGAAGAAAUAGAGGCUAGUGUGAGCAAAGAUAAUGAUUCUAAAAAGGGACAGCCAAAUAUUGAUUCACUGAAGCAAAAUAAAGAAAUUGCAGAGGAGAGUAUGUGCAAAAACUUGAAUGAGGACAUAGUAAAACCUUCGCCUGUAAAUGAUGAAAAUACACUUCAAGAAAUUCGGGAUAAAGAAGCAUAUAAUAAGACUGAAGAUGACAUAAGCAAAGAUAUCUCUGGGAAAGCAGGUGAUUCUAAAGAGGAGAAAGUUGCAUCAUCAAAUAAUAAAGAAUCUACAGAUUUGCUUAAGAAAAUUGAGGAAAAAUCACACGACAAAAGCCUUGAGAAAAAAUCUAACGAAGAAGCCAAAGUUUUGUUAGAAAAAGAAAUAGCAAAUGAUGUUGGCAUUUGCAAAAAAACUAAUGGGUCUGAACCUGAAGUUGAACGAUUCAAGGAAAGCGAUGAAAAUGAAAAGGGUACUCAAUCCAACAGGUUUGUAAAAGAAGAUGGAGCCGGCAUUGAAACAGCAGCAGACAAUACGAUUUUCCAGACGUCCAUAGACAAUAGUGCACAAGAAAAACCUUCAGCGAAAAUGUCCUCUGUUGAAAAUAAUGGUGACAUUAUAACUGUAUGUGAUCCAGAUGGGGGAGAAAAUAAACUGUGUGUGGAAAACCUAGGUGAAAAUAAAUUGAAGAAAAGAGGUACUGAAACAGUUAAGAAAAGGAAAAGUACAAGAAAAGAAAACCAAUCUGAACUUGAGAAUGUUUUGAGCGACUCUAGUGUAAAUUUAGGGGAAACAUUCAGUAGGAACGAUUUAGCGAACAAAGAAAAUGUUUCUAAAUACGAUUUUGUUUUAGACGAAUGUGAAAAAUUCGCUACUGUUAACGACCGUUCAAUGGCGGAGGAAGAAAAAAAUGGUCUGACGGUCACAUCAGACGUCCCCGCAGAAUAUCGCGAGAGGGCUAAAAGUUGUGACAUUUUCAGCGCCACUGUUACCGAAUAUUCCGAAAAAGGAACUAAGAAUGCAGAGCCCUUAGAUACCACCCUUACAGAAUCUGUAACUUCGAGUACAUUGACCCCGAGACACUCGAGACACAGGAUGACUUGUAAAACAAGUGCAGCAGAAGACACAAGUUUAGCUGGGAUGGAUGACCUACCUUUCGACAAGCCCACGACUGCAAGCAAGACCGGCAGGGGCGAGCGACCUCGCUUCAGCACGCGGCUGUCGGACCGCACGGCGGCGCAGGGCUCGCGCGUCAAGCUGACGGCGGCCGUGCUGGGCACCCCUGCGCCCUCCGUGUCCUGGCUGCGGGAUGGCCUGCCCUUGGCCCCCGACCACGGGUUCCGCGCCUGCUGCGAGUCGGGCCUGGCCACCUUGGAGCUGCUGGACGCCUCGCCGUCGCACUCGGGCGAGUACACGUGCGUGGCCAGCAACCCGCACGGCGAGGCCUCAUCCUCGGCGGCGCUGCGCGUGUGCGCGGGCUUUCAGCCGGCGCCCUUCCCGCCCACCUUCACGCGCCUCAUCAAGGACUCGUACCGCUGGGCCGAGGACGAGCUGGUGCUGGAGUGCCGGGUGCGCAGCCACCCGCCGCCCAAGGUCACGUGGCUGAAGGGAGGUCUGCCGCUGACCCCUGGCCCCAGGCACCAGCAGGCGGAGCUGGCCGGCGGGUUGUGCCGCCUGGUGGUGUCCUCGCCUCACCCGGAGGCCGACAGCGGUCGCUACACGUGCCGCGCCGAGAACCUCAUGUGGAGCGACCAGAUAUCGGCCGACGUCGACUUCCCCGGUCGGGACGAGCUGUCCCGGUACCGGCGCUCCGACGCCACGGGGCUGUCGACGGCGAGCCGCGACCACAGGCGCCCGCACUUCGCCGCGGCGCUGGCCGACCACGCCGUGCCCAGCGGAGGCACCGUGGCGCUCCAGGUGCAGGUCAAAGGAGAGCCGCGGCCUGAAGUUAUGUGGCUGAGGGGCACGGAGCCCCUGCGGCCGGACGGGUCGGCAAACCUGCGCACCUUGGAGGAAGGCGGGCUGCAUACCCUGCUGGUGUCAGGCGUCACGGAGCGCGAGGCCGGGGUGUACACUUGCCGCGCGAGCAACAUGUUCGGACAGGUGCGCACCAGUGCGGCGGUGGAGGUGGUCCCGCCCUGCGGUGUAGGAGGCGGGGCGCGAGGCGGCAAGCCCGCCAUGUUCCUGUCGAGGCCCGACGCGGACAUGCAGGUCGCCGUGGGCGAGGACGUGGUCGUGUCCUUCCGGGUCGGCGGCGACCCGCGGCCCAAAGUGACGUGGGCCAAAGGGAUCCGAGACCUGACGCUCAGCCAGCGCUCGCUGAAGGAGACUGUCAACGACUACGUGCGACUGACGCUGAAGCGCGCCCUGGUGUCGGACGCGGGAACCUACUGCAUCAUGGCCAAGAACGUGUACGGUUGCGACCGGGCCUUCUUCACUGUUCGAAUCCGUCAACGAGCGAGGUCGCUGACUCCCGUCGCCAGAUGGGGCAACGCGGAGACUUCGACCAUCUUGCGAGACGUCCACGACAAGGCCGAGAGAGACCGCCGCAAAGAUGUGCCGGCGGCGGUGUCUGAGGAGCCGGCGGUCGUGGACAGCGGCCGCAACUGGAUCACCCUGGCGUGGCCCAAGAGCGAGCCACGUGGGGGAGUGCCCGUGUUGGCCUAUCGCGUGGAGGCCUGGCAACUGGGCGAGGAGGGCGGAGCCCGCUGGACCGAGCUCGGCGUGACGCCGAUCAACAGCUUCGACGCGUUCAACCUGCAGCCGGGGCGGCAGUACCAGUUCCGAGUGACGCCCCGCAACAGGUACGGCUGGGGAGAGGCGGCCACCACGACCUCCCCGGUGGCCGUGGGAGGCGGCGACCAGAUGCCCGAGUUCGAGCGCAUCCUGCCCGGACAGCUGAAGGCUCUCCGCGGCGCGACCGUGGAGCUCACCUGCCAGGUGCGUGGACGACCCGAGCCGGAGGUGCGCUGGUGCAAGGACGGCUGGCAGGUUUCCCCCGAGGCCUGCCCACGCCUCAGCACGCGGCUACAGGGAGGCCGCUGCAGUCUCGCCAUAGAGGGCGUGCAGGAGGAGGACGCCGGCCGCUACAUGUGCGAGGCCAGCAGCCGCGCGGGGCGCGCCUCCACCUUCGCCCGGCUCGUCGUCGUCGACGACCCCAGGAUCCUGCGGGCCGACGCCGAACUCAAGAGGGGCGUGCUGGACGAGGAGGACCCGGACAGGGAGACGCCGCCGCAGUUCACGAUGAGGCUGCGCGACCGCCGCGUGCAGGCCACCUACCCGGUGCGGCUCACCUGCCAGGUGGUGGGCAACCCGGCGCCCCAGGUCACCUGGUCCAAGGACGGCGAGCCCGUGCAGCCCGACGACCUGCACGUGUUCUCCUCGGAGCAGCAGUUCCACACGCUGGAGCUGGCCCGAGCCUCGCUGGAUGACGGCGGCCGCUACGAAGCCGCGGCCAGGAGCCCCCUGGGCGCGGUCAGCUGCCGCUGCCGCCUAGUGGUCGACAAGGGCAUCCGCGCCUACGUGGCCCCGGAGUUCCUGGCCGAGCUGCCCCCGCAGCUGUCCCUGGCCCAGGGCGGCGAGCUGCGGCUGGUGGCCAGGGUCGAGGCCUACCCCGUCGUCGGCGUCACCUGGUACCGGGACGGAGUGCGGCUGCGCCCCAGCCGGCGGGCCGUCAUGACCCUGGACCACGACGGCCGCGCAGAGCUCGCCCUGGCGGGGGUGGCGCCCCGGGAGGCGGGGCUGUACGCGUGCGCAGCCGUCAACGAGGUGGGCCGCGCCGAGACCAGCUGCCGCGUGGCGCUGCUGCCCGCCGCCUCCGCCCCCGCCGCCGCCCCAGAGGAGCAGCCGCCCCCGAGUCUCCUGGUCUCCGACACGCCACGCUCCGAGGAGCCCAUGUUCCUGACGAAGCCGCGCUCCACUGAGGCCGCCGAGGGCGACACGGUCGUCAUCACGUGCGAGGUGGUCGGCGAACCCAAGCCUGAGGUGCUCUGGCUGCGAGACUGGCUCAAGCCCGAGUACUACAGGGACGCGGCGAGCUUCCGGCGCGUGGGCGCCGGGCCCGAGUACCGCCUGGAGGUGCCCUUGGCGAGGAUCGACUACACUGGCGCCUACUGCGUGAUCGCGCGCAACUGCCACGGCGAGGCCAAGGCGGUCAUCUCGCUGCAGAUCCGCGCCCAGGGCCAAGGGAAAGAAGAUAAAAUGGAUCACAGCUCCAUAACUCAUGGGCGGGUGCAGACCCUGCCCGUGGUGCGACGCGGCCUGAAGAACCUCCGCUGCUGCGACGGCGACGCCGUCACCUUGGAGUGCCGCGUUCACGCGACGCCGGCGCCCGACGUCCGCUGGGAGAAGGACGGCAGGCUGAUACCAUUGGGCGGGGACAUCACCACGGAGUUUGAUGGUGAGACAGCGCGGCUGACCAUACACCAGGUGUACCCAGAGGACGAGGGCGAGUACUCGUGCGUGGCGUACAACGAGCUGGGCAAAGCCGCCACCUCUGCCUGCCUCGUCGUCGAUGUGCCAGAGGAGAAGGACACAUUGCUGAGUCAGCGGCUAGUAAGACCUCCAGGGUUGUUGUCGGCAGAGUCCACGCCCAGGUCUACCCCCAGGAGUACUCCGUCGCGAAGCAAGUCACCCUCUGUGUUCAGAACGCGCGAGCGCCUGACAGCGACGCCCAGCGGCACCGACAGACCACGGCGGCUGCGCCUGGCAGCGCCCAAGUUCUACGCCGUGCCGCACAACCGCGUGGCGGAGGAGGGCGAGACGGUGCGGUUCCAGUGCGCGGUGGCGGGCCACCCGGCGCCGUGGACCAGCUGGGACAAGGACGGAGUGCCCGUCACCCCGGCGGCGCGCGUGUCCGUUAGCGAGAGCGACGACCUGCGCGUGCUCACGCUGGAGGAGGUGACCCGGGAGGACGCCGGCCUGUACCGCGUCACGCUCGAGAACGAGGUGGGGCGCGUCGAGGCUAGCGCGCGCCUGGAGGUCAUCGGUCGGCGAGGCGUCUCGACCCGCGGGCUGCGGGCCCUCAGCGCGUCGCCCAGGUCGGCACCCUACUUCACCCGCCGGCUGGCGCCCGUCUCGGGCCGUGUCGGUGGCCGCCUGACCCUCGCCUGCGACGUCCGCGCUUCCCCGUCGCCCGUCACCUCCUGGUACAGGAACGGUGAGCUGGUGGUGCGCUCCAGCAGGGCGACCCCGGUCUGGGACGGGCGCACCGCCAGCCUGGAGCUGGAGUGCCUGGAGCCCGGGGACUCGGGCGAGUACUGCUGCGUGGCGCGGUGCGAGGCCGGCCAGGCUCGCUGCUGCGCCCAUGUGGAGGUGCUGCCAGCCGCCGCCGACGACGACGAUGACGACCCUCCAGAGUUCCUCCGGGGGCUCGACCAGGAGGUGGUGCUGGCUGAGGGUCAGCCCGCAGAGCUGCUCGUCCACGUCCGAGGCGCCCCGCCGCUGGAGGUGGUGUGGUCCAAGGACGGCGUCGAGCUGCCCGACUGCGAGGACUUCCGCUACCUGGACCACGGCGACGGCCGGCUGGGGCUGCGGCUGGCCGACGUGUUCCCGCAGGACGAGGGCACCUACCGCUACGAGCUGUUCGCCGACCAGGGCGACUGCUGCAGCGAGGCGCGCGUGCUCGUGCGAGGGAGCAGCAGCGGCGGCGGCGGCGGCAGCAGCAGCGGGUUGCAGUUCGCGAAAGAGCCGCGGCCGGUGCUGGCGCCAGUGGGCGGCCGGGCGUGCUUCUGCGUGCGCGCGCGCCGUGGAGACGGUGUCGUCUCCGGAGGAGUCGAUCUCUCGCCCGAAGAAGUCUGCUGGCGGGUGGGCGGCGUCCCCGCCGACAGCUGCGCCAGGUUCAAGGUGGAGACCCGCGGCGACGAGAGCUCGCUGACGGUGGAGCCGGUGCUGGCGCGCGACGCCGGGCCGGUCACGUGCGAGAUGGGCGCCGCGCGCUGCUGCGCCGAGCUGCAGCUGCUGGGGGAGCAGCAGCAGCAGCAGCAGCAGCAGCAGCAGCAGCAGCAGCAGAGCCCCGCCGCGCUGCUCAGCGGGCCCUGCGACACGACGGCGCUCGUGGGGGACCGCGUGCUGCUGCGCGCCGCCUACACCGGCUGGCCCGAGCCGCGCGCGCGCUGGCUGCGAGCGGGACGGGAGCUGGUGGCGAGCGACCGCGUGCAGAUGUGGGCCAGCGAGGGGGUCGCCUGCCUCGCGCUCGACAGCAUCACCGCCGACGACAGCGGCAAGUACGUGGUGAGCGUCGAGAACAGCCUGGGCGCGGACUGCCACUUCGCCUCCGUCGCCGUCGAAGGCCCGCCCGACCCGCCGGCCGGACGCCCCUCGGUGACGUCAUGCGGCCCGCGGGGCGCGGUGGUCACGUGGUCCAGCCCGCCCUACGACGGGGGCUGCGCCCUCACCGGCUACAGCGUCGAGGUGACGUCAGGCGACGGCCAGUGGAGGACCGUGGCCGAGAGAUGCAACUCGCUGUCCCACACGAUCAGCGACCUGCAAGCGGGGCAGUCGUACGUGUUCAGGAUUCGAGCCCACAAUGUGCAUGGAUGCAGCGACGCCAGCGCCGAGUCGGAGUCCUUCGUCCUCGAUGAAGAAGAAGAGAGGCACGACCCGGGCUUCGAGCCGCGCGAGGUGCGCCUGGAGGCCGGGGAGGGCUUCUUCGCGCGCUACGACGUGCUGGAGGAGCUGGGCAAGGGCCGCUACGGCGUGGUGCACAAGGUGGCGGAGCGCGCCGGCCGCCGCCUCUUCGCGGCCAAGUUCGUGCGCUGCGUGAAGGCGGCGGACCGCGACAAGGUGCGCGAGGAGGUGCGCGUCAUGAACAUGCUGCGCCACCCCAAGCUGCUGCAGCUGGCCGCCGCCUUCGAGACGCCGCGCGAGCUCAUCAUGGUCACCGAGUACAUAUCUGGCGGGGAGCUGUUCGAACGAGUUGUCGCCGAUGACUUCACGCUCACCGAGAAAGACUGCAUCCUCUUCAUGCGGCAGAUCUGUGAAGGCGUGGAGUACAUGCACGAGAAUUACGUGGUUCACUUGGAUCUUAAGCCUGAGAACAUAAUGUGUCACACGCGGACGUCACACCAAAUAAAGUUGAUAGACUUUGGCCUGGCGAAGAAACUGGACCCUGACGUCCCGGUUCGGGUCAUGUUCGGCACCCCAGAGUUCAUCCCCCCCGAGAUCAUCAACUACGAACCAAUCGGACUGGAGUCUGACAUGUGGUCUGUGGGCGUGAUUUGCUAUGUCUUACUAUCUGGCCUGUCUCCUUUCAUGGGAGAUAACGAUGCCCAGACAUUCAACAACAUCACCAGGGCAGACUACGACUUCGAAGAUGAAGCGUUCGACGCCAUUUCCCAAGAUGCCAAAGAUUUCAUCAGCGCACUGCUGGUCAAAAGGAAAGACAAACGACUCACGGCUAGCGAGUGCCUGCAGCACAAGUGGCUGACGCAGCACCGCGACACCAUGAGCUGCGUCAAGAUCAGCACCGACAAGCUGAAAACAUUCAUCAUCCGCAGGAAGUGGCAGAAAACGGGCAAUGCCAUCCGCGCGCUGGGACGCAUGGCCACGCUGUCGGCCGCGACGCGCCGCAACUCGGUGGCUAACUCCACCCCGGGGGGCAGCCCCCGGCCCAGCCUGUCGGGCGGGGCGGUCCCCCGGAUGUCCAGCCUGGGGGAGGACUCGGACGACUCGGCCUUCGCCGGCCCCGCGCUCGCCAACGGCGGCUGCCACGGGGCGGAGCCGCCCGGCCUCAGGUCCGCGCGCAAGCGGCUCAGCAGCGAGCGCAGCGACAGCGGCAUCAGCGACUGCUCGAGCGUCGCGACGCCCCAGGCCCAGACCUGCUGCCAGUGCCAGGCCAGGCACUUCCUUAAAAAGAACGUGUCCAUCAGCGAGGAACUGGAGACCGGCAUGGAGCAAAUCGGCGACCUUUGUUUGCAAAACCUCGAUGUAAAGGAGAAGGAAGUGUCUCCAGAAUCUUUGCCCGGCAGUAAGAUCGAGUCGGGAGUGUUUCCCCGAUCUAGGACUUGUGCGAACAGGUCCGGUGACAAGGUUAGAGAGUUUGAUAGAAAUGGGACGUCCGAUGUUAACCAAGUGUCUCGUUGUUUUUCUCCCGCAGUUAAGCGCUGUGCAAAGACAAAAGGCCUGAAGCAGGAGUCCCACGACCCCGGCCUCCGAUCCGAAACGAGUCUCGACCGAGCCAGUGCGACGGGGGAGCAGCAACGAUCUACUCUUAGUGAUAGUGAUCACAGAAAUGUGCCAAAAGACUUGCCUCUGGUGGGGAACAAAGUGGUGGAGGCCAAACACGUACUGUUUUCCUCCACGGAAAUCAAGUCUCCCACCAAAAAGUCACAAGUUUCAACAUCCAAUGAGCAUAGUGCUAACUAUCAAAAAGCUAUGGCCUUUUGGAAGCGAUAAUUUUAAUCAUGUGAAAUUAAAGAAGUGAUAAAAAAAUUUUUACUAUCAUACCAAAAACAUUUUAUAUAUUAGAAAGUUAUUUAUUAUAUGUUACCUCAUAUUAUUAUAGCUGCAAAACAAAAUAUUUUGCAGGUCAUUGUAAAGAGAAUUGUAUUCUUGAUAAUAAAUUUAGGGACCAUUAUUGUAUUGUGAUUGUAUACAAUUCAUGUGCAAAACCUUGGUUGUUGAAACUUAAAAACAUACAAAGGAGCAUGUUGGCACAUUUCAAGACUGCAGGUAUUUUUAUUUGUGUCACAAUAGCAUCCUUUAGAAUAGUAUUAUGACUCUUGAAAGGCACACAAUACCAUUAGAGAGAAUAAAAAUUAUACUUUUCCAGUAGUUUUUAAAUGAGAUUAAAAACAUAUUAUUUAACAAUUACUAUGCAUGAUGUUGCAUUUUAAACACUUAACUAUUAUAUGAUUUUGUUAGAUAAUAAAUAUGGCUGUUAUUCAUUUCACACAUGAAAAUUUUGUUCCAAUAAAAUACAGAUUUUAGAUUUAUAUGCAAUUGCAAUUUUGAAAUGUAUUAGGAAACUAAAGUAAUAAAAAGUAUAUCAGAUGUUCUUGAACAGUACCAGUAUCCUAACUAAUUAUUUAAAUGCAUUAUAAGCUCCAUGAUCUAAUAAAUAUUUGUGUGGACAGCAUUGUAGCCAAGUGUGUUGCUCUUUGUUAAAUUGUGUACUUGUCCUAGUAGAGUUAGAUAUUGAAUUUUCAAUUGUUAUUAGAAGAGUAUGAUAUAAAAGAGAAAAUAAACAACUUAUAUUUACA